UGCAAGCUGCUAGAGAGAAAAAGAGAGAGAAGGGGAUGCUGGAUACUGACCCCCACCCACUCCGCCCAACCUCUUCCCUUGGGAAAGGGGGCGUGGCUUAAGCGGAACAGCUGGCCCGCCCCCUCUGCCGUCGCGCGCCGCCUUUGCCCUGCAAGGAGUCGGGUGAGUGCAAAGCGCCUUGGGGUGCAGCAAGCUCCGGGGUGUGUGUGUUUGUGUGUGUUCAAUGCAAUGCAAUACCCGUGGAAUUGAGGGUGGGGUUGGAGAGAGAGCAGGCAGGGAAGCUGCGAGUCAGGUGGGGGGGGGGUUGCAGCUGAUUCAUCCUCGUUGCAUAGAAGAGACAGGGGUUUCUCCCUAAAGGUGCUCUCUCUCUCUCUCUCUCUCUCUCUCUCUUUCACUCACACACGUGUGUCUGCAUGCACACACAGAUCACGUGAAGAGCCCUGUAGUUUCAUUAGGCCAACGGCCCAUCUAGUCCAGCAUCCAGUGUUAGAAUCACAGAAUCGUAGAGUUGGAAAAGGGACCCUGAGAGUUAUCUAGUCCAACACCCCCCCCUCUUCAAGACAGGAAUCUCAGCACUGUGUCCUUACGGUGGCCAAGCCUGCAAAGAAGAAUUGGAUCCCAAGAGCAUCUCUCCCCUCAGGUGGCUUCCAUAAUAAUUUAAUAAUAGUAAUGAUUAUAUCACCUGUAUUUUAAAUUGGUUUUCUCUCUCUCUCCCUCCCCCCCCCCCAUUAUGUUUUUAUUGUAAUUUUACUGGUGUUAGCCGCCCUGAGCCCGGUUCUGGCUGGGGAGGGCAGGGUAUAAAUGAAUUAUUAUUAUUAUUAUUAUUAUUAUUAUUAAUAUGCCACCCAUUAGAGUGGGUUGCCCCAGCCACUCUGCGUGGCUCCCAACAGAAUAUGUGUUCUAAAAGUAAGAUUUUUAUUUCCUUGACAUCUGACAGGAGGGCAUUAUACAGGGCGGGCCCUCUGCCUAGUUCCCCGUCGUUGAGUUGAUACAGAAUAAGUUGAGUUCAUAUAGAAUAAUAAGUUGAUAUCCUAAAUUUUCAGCUUCUCUCAAAGAACCAGGAUCAGGAAGUUUUUAAUGUUUGAUGUCAUUUUUUAAAUAUUUUGCUGGAAGCCACCUGCGUAUAUUAUUAUUAUUACCACUUGUUCAGUGCAUUUGGAAGCAUCCAAAUAACUUGAGGUAAUAUAUUCAAACAAAACAUUCACUCCUGAUUCACCGUGUAAAAGGUACUUGCACUGGCGUGCUUUCGAACUGCUGGGUUGGCAGGAGCUGGGGCCGCCGACCUUCUGCUUGGUUUAGACCACAGCACCACCUGCGUCCCUGUGUGCAAUCCUACCGGCUGAAUUUUAUCUGAGUCCUGGGAUAGCUCAGUUGGUAGAGCACGAGGCUCUCAGGGUUGUGGGUUCCAGCCCCACCUUGGCCAAAAUAUUCCUGCAUUGCAGAGAGUUGGACUUGGUCCCUUCCAACUUUGUAAUUCUGUGGUCUAUGAACCUCACUUAUGAGGGAACCACCACACUUAUUUCUUUUCUAAAGCAAAAUUUUGUUAGACGUUCCGUAGCCCACCUUUGCGUAAUAGGAGUUUGCCCUUUCAAGAUUGGAGAGUGAGAGGAAAAGGAAUCUCAGAGUGGGCUAUUUUUGUGGGGGAGGGUGGAACAGACAUGACUUUUCUGGUCAGGGGGCAGAAGGAGCUUGGGUUGAUCCCUAGCUAGAGAUCCUCCAUCCCCUUGUCUUGGUGCAGAUUUGGAUCUCUGCCUCCUAGGAGAAGGAAGUCCCUACUUCUCAGCUUCCCCCUGGUGUCCUGUUCCCUAAAUCUCACCUGCUUUUCCUUGCAGACUGCAGACCCAGUUUCCUCCUCUGCUUCUUUGAAGGCAUCUUCCAGUUUUGCCGGGGGGGGGGGGACCUUUGCAAGAUCCUAAUCUCCUCCUCACCCUGUCCCAAAGUCACACGCUCCUACCCUCCAGAAAGAAGGCGGUGGUGGAGGUUCUGUGCUGGAGGCCAAGCUGUUGUGGAGCUCAAGGAUGGAGGAGCAAGACUCAGCUGGGCCUGAGGCGGGAGAAGGUCCCCACAUCGUCCAGAUUGGGAGCAGUGGGGCCAUCUGGGGGGACUUGCCACAGAAGUGCUUCCGGGAGUUGUGCUACCAGGAAGCUGAGGGUCCAAGACAGAUCUGCGGCCAGCUCCGCUCACUGUGCUAUCAGUGGCUGAAGCCGGAAAGGAACACAAAAGCCCAGAUGCUGGACCUGGUGAUCCUGGAGCAGUUCCUGGCUGUCCUCCCCCCAGAGAUGGAGAGCUGGGUCAGGGAGUGUGGAGCGGAGACCAGUUCCCAGGCGGUGGCCCUGGCAGAAGGUUUCAUCCUGAGCCAGGCAGAGGACAGAAAGCAGGAAGACAUGCAGGUGAGGCUUGUGGCUGGAAGGGGAAAUGAUAUAUAAUGAAUUGAAAAGGAUGUUCAAAAUAACUUUUCUUUAAAAAACAAGAAGUUUUUCUUUUGAUAAUUAUAGGUACAGAACUACCUAAAUUGUACAGAAAUUUAUUUAUGCAUGCAACUACAGCAGCAAGAAUGUUACUUGCCCCAAAAUGGAAAGAAGCAGAAGUCCCAGUAAAGGAAGAAUGGAUACAGAAACUUAAGGGAAUAGCAGAAAUGGCUAAACUUUGCCGGAAGAAUAAGAAAGCAAGAUAACAAACUUUUUAAUUAAGGAGUGGAAAUGGUCUAUUAUUUACAGAUAAAUUGUAAACAGAUAAAAACAUUAGCAGGAUUAUUGCAAUAACUUGCAGUUAUCUAAAAGUAUAUGUUUACAGUAGAUAAUUAAAUGAACAAGUUAAAUGAAUUUAGAUAUGCAGAUGAUAUUAAAAAAUAAAUUUAAGGAACCAUGGAAAGAGGGGGGAAGGAAUGUUAAAUGGAUUGUAAAACUAAUGAAAUGUAUAAAUUUGAAAAGUAUAUUAAAAAAAAAUAUUUAUUAUUUAUACCACCCUUCAUCAAAAGAUCUCAUGGUGGUUUUCAUAUAAAGUGGUACCUCGGCUUACAUACGCUUCAGCUUACAUACGCUUCAGGUUACAGACUCCGCUAACCCAGAAAUAGUACCUCGGGUUAAGAACUUUGCUUCAGGAUGAGAACAGAAAUCGUGCUUCAGUGGUGUGGCGGCAGCAGGAGGCCCCAUUAGUUAAAGUGGUGCUUCAGGUUAAGAACAGUUUCAGGUUAAGAACGGACCUCCGGAACAAAUUAAGUACUUAACCCGAGGUACCACUGUAAUAAUAAUAAAUAUGAAUUGCAAUUGAUAAUAAAGAACAAGUAUUUUCUCCUCACCCUGCCUGAAUGUCAUACUUAACAGUCUGUAUAUUUGAAAGACAGCGUGUCAUUCCUUUUAAUAAUAAUAAAAUCCUCAGUGGCGCUGCAAGAAAUCUGCUAGCACAUUUGCAAAGCUAAGCAGGGUCCGGGAUGGUUUCAAAUUGGAUGGGGAACCAUUUGUUGAGAUUCCUGCACUGCAGGGGAGACUACACGGCCCUCAAGGUCCCUUCCAACGCCCCCAUUCUGUGAGUAUUGGCUGCCCAUCUACUACCAAGGCAGGUUCAAGUUCCCUGUGUUAAUUUACAAAGCCCAAACUUAGGUCCAAGGGAACCUCAGAGAUCACCUUCUGAACCCUUAUAUCUCAGCUGCAUCACUGACAUCAUCUGCAGCAGCAUCGCUGGUCGUCCCUCCAGUUGGCGAGGCUCAUUUGAAAAUAACAAAAACACGAGCCUUUAGUGUCGCCGGAUGAGUUCCUGUGGAACUCUCUGCCACUGGAGAUUCAGCAGGCUGUUUCCCACUUCAACUCUUAAAACGUUUGCCUGGAAAUCCUCUAUUCCGCCAGGCCUAGGAAGGCAAGCUAAGAAUACGGACUUCAAUGCUAGUUAGCUGAUUUCAGCAUUUUCGUUACGGUUUGACGUGCAAUUCUUGUAACCUGCUAUGAUCAAUAUUUCCCCCCCUUUCCAAAUCUCUCUCCCCUCCCUUCUCUCUCCCCGGGCUCGUUGCCCUUUUCAGCUGCAGGGCUUGCUAGCCAAAGGGGCCACAGAUUUCCCAGGGGCCAAGGAGCAUCCGCCGGAGGCUACGCGGAGGCUGCUCUUCAGGUGGAUCAAGCAGGAGGGGGACGGAGGGCCCCCCUCCCUGGGUAAGGACCCCCAUGGAGGACCCCCCCAUGGUUGUUCCUGACUCACAUGAACUAGUACAAAUAAUAAUAAUUAAUAAUAAUAAUAGGGACGCGGGUGGUGCUGUGGGUAAAACCUCAGCGCCUAGGACUUGCCGAUCGUAUGGUCGGCGGUUCGAAUCCCCGCGGCGGGGUGAGCUCCCGCUGCUCGGUCCCAGCGCCUGCCAACCUAGCAGUUCGAAAGUACCCCCGGGUGCAAGUAGAUAAAUAGGGACCGCUUACUAGCGGGAAGGUAAACGGCGUUUCCGUGUGCUGCGCUGGCUCGCCAGAUGCAGCUUUGUCACACUGGCCACAUGACCCGGAAGUGUCUUCAGACAGUGCUGGCCCCCGGCGUCUUAAGCGAGAUGGGCGCGCAACCCCAGAGUCAGACACGACUGGCUCGUAUGGGCAGGGGUACCUUUACCUUUAAUAAUAAUAAUAAUAAUUUAUUAUUUGUACCCCGCCCAUCUGGCUGGGUUUCCCCAGCCACUCUGGGCGGCUUCCACAGAGACCAAAAAUACACUAAAAUGUCACACAUUAAAAACUUCCCUGAACAGGGCUGCCUUAAGAUGUCUUCUGAAUGUCAGGUAGUUGUUUAUCGCUUUGACAUCUGGUGGGAGGGCGUUCCACAGGGCGGGCGCCACUACCAAGAAGGCCCUCUACCUGGUUCCCUGUAGCUUUGCUUCUCGCAAUGAGGGAACCGCCAGAAGGCCCUCAGUGUUGGACCUCAGUGUCCAGGUAGAACGAUGGGGGUGGAGACGCUCCUUCAAGUGCGAAAAUACUCCCCUUGACUUUUGUAGGAGGUGAGGCAGUUCUGUUGAACGUGCAAAGCUGCCUCCUACCGAGUUCCCCCUGGUCCGAACUGUCUACUCUGACUGGCAGCUGCUCUUGGUGCUUUUAGGGAACUUGGAUCAGACCUUGGGCCUCCCACAUGCAAACAGAUGCUCUCUCACUGAGCCUUCCCAAAUAGAAAGAAACGGAAGCUGUCUUAUCCCGACUUGGUCCAUCUAGUUCAGUAGUGUCUGCACGGUCUGGCAGCGUCUCUCCCAGGUUGCAGGCAGGGGCGCUUGCUGUGAGAACAGGACGCCAUCCUUAGGCUCUAACGUUUUAACGUCUUCCUCGUAGAAAGUGCAACAGUCCUCAGAGAUGGGGAGACGGCGCUGGGGGUUCCUCCUCUGACGCCUUCUCUUUGCAGCCAGCUGGAAGUGGCUCCUGUGUUACCAGGACAGGUAGGUAUGGGGCGGGAUUUGGGGGGGGAGGGGGCGAGGACACCCUCUCACCCUAGUCUCCUCACACCCCUCUGGGCCUGGAGGAAAUAGCAUUGUCUUUCUUUGAAAGCACAGAUCCUGCAGGAGAAAAUUCAGCUGGCCUCCACCUUUGCUAUCUGUUUGUAGGCAAUUGCAUUUUCUUCUGAAUUUCUUCCUUUCUCUCUUUUUAAAUCAGGGUCUGGCACCCUUUGAGAAGAUGUCUGUUCAUUUCAUGGAGGAGAAGAGGACUCUUCCAGAACCAGGCCAGGCGUCUCUGCACAGGGGAUCUGCGGAGGAGAACACUGGGGAUCUGGUCUUUCUGGGUGAGGCUCCUUUUUUGCCUUGUUCACUGAUCCAGUUCAUUCGCUGACCAACUUUCAAGCCCCCAUUUAUGUUCUGAUAUAUUUGCUGUUCGUAGAUGCCGAUAGCGGGGCGGGAAUUACUUCUGCAGAAGCCGCGUUGAUUCAUCAGCAAGACUGGUCCUUCUGCAAGCACAAUAUAACAUUAUUUGCCCCAGAUUCUCAAAGUCUCUCGCUGAGAUUGGAAAAUCUCACUCCGGCUCCAGCAUUUUGUGAGAUGGGCCCUGCUGCUUUCAGGACUAUUCCUGCAUUCCAACAUCUGACUCACUAUUGGAGCUCUCACACAACGCCUGUCACUCUUGCCCUGUCUUUCGUGUCCUCUUUGUUCAGAGCUCAAGAUUACAGCUGCUCUCUGCCUUCCGAGAACUUAACUGUUCUCUCUCUAUGCCUGCUUCUUCUUCUCCUGUCAGCACCUGAGCUUUGCUGACAACCGCCCUAUACCCGGAGGUCUCAGGGCGGUUCACAAACAAGACCACAACAUAUAAAAACAAACCGAAAACAAUAACCCAAUAACCCGCCCUGCCCCCAAGCCACAUUCUAAAAGGGUGUUGGAUGUGAAACAGAUCAACCAAAGGCCUGGUUAAAAAGGAACGUUUUUGCCUGGUGCCUAAAGGUGUGUAAUGAAGGCGCCGGGUGAACUUCCCUGGGGAGCGCAUUCCACAGAUGGGGAGCCACUGCAGAGAAGCCCCCGUUCUCAUGUUGCGACCCUCCAGGCCUCUUGAGGAGGAGGCACAUGAAGAAGGGCCUCAGAAGAUGAUCUCAGGGUCCGGGUAUGUUCAUAUGGGAAGAGGCGGUCCUUGCGAUUUAUGGAUUUAUAGGUCAAAACCAGCACUUUGAAUUGGGCCAGUACAGUCAGACCAGGAUCGGUGUAAUAUGCUUAAACCGUCUUGCUCAUAGAACUCCACAAUUCUAUGACCUUCUCCCUUUAUUUGGAAGAGUUUGCCUCCCCAUUAAAUAUUUUCUGCUCUGUUGAUCUAAACAGUGUUGAGCAUCAGCUCUCUUCCCUAAUUGAAUUUCUGGUUUUGGUUCCCUCAGGUAACGGGCAAGAGGAUCGCCAGCAGGACGAAGGGCAGAGAAGGGCAGCUGAGGAGACGCAGAAGUGGGGGACCAAAGCCUUUGUGUUCGAAGGGGGCGAGGCGGAUGAGAUUCCGAUCGUGGAGGAACGUCCUGCAGGGAAGCGCCGGUACGUCCACGGCAGAGAGAAGCCCUUGAAAUGCUCCGAGUGCGGGAAGAGCUUCAACCACCAGGUCCACCUCCUCAAACACCAGAGGACCCACAUGGUGGAGGAAACCUACCGGUGUGCCGAGUGCGGGAAGCAGUUCAGCCACAGCUCCUACCUCAGCUCCCACCAGAAGAUCCACACGGGGGAGAAACCCUACAAGUGCCUGCAGUGUGGGAAGACCUUCAGCCACGGCAGGAGCCUCAACUCACAUCAGAUAAUCCACACGGGCCAGAAGCCCUACAAGUGCUCGGUGUGCCCCAAGAGCUUCAGCCACAGCAGGAGCCUCAAAGUGCACCUGAGGAUCCACACUGGGGAGAAGCCCUUCGGCUGCUCCGAGUGCGGGAGGAGCUUCAGCCAGUGCUCCAACCUUAUCAAACAUCAGAGAAUCCACACGGGAGAGAAGCCGUACAAGUGCUCCCAGUGUGGGGUGUGCUUCAACCAGAGCAUCCAGCUGAAGAGGCACCAGAUCGUCCACACGGGUCAGGAUCCCGUCUAUCAGAGCAUCCAGCUUAAACGGCACCAGAUCAUCAACACGGGGUAGGAUCCUGCGAGUCCUGAACCCAACCCCUUGCUUCAUUUUGGGAGAAAAGCACAUGGCUCCCUAUAAUUGAUGUCGUUGAACCUGCCAGAGAACUACAGAUGAACUAAUUAAAUAAACAGAAGUUUAGAGUUGGAAGGGACCCCAGAAAUCAUCAUCUAAUAAUAAUAAAAAUAAAUGUUAUUUAUACCCCGCCCUCCCCAGCCAGAGCUGGGCUCAUUGCGGCUAACACCAAUAAAAUCACAGUAAAAACAUAAUUGGGGAAGGAAAAUUAAAAAAACCAAUUUAAAUUACAGGUGGCUUAAAAGUCUGCAUCAAGAGCAUUUCCUUUUAACUAAAACAAAAAACCAAAAUGGCACCUCUCUGCCUUGUCAGUUUUGUGCAAUAAUGCUGAAUUAAACCAUGUGAUGCCGUCUGCUUCUGCAGCCAAAUCUUUCUCAAAAAUCGCUCCUCAGCCCGUCUUGGGCCUCUGAGUGCAUGCAGACACAGGAAGCGGAAGCGGGCUGAGUGAUUCAUCUAGUAUGGUCUGCACUGGCUGGGGAGGCUUCCAGGUACAUUGGGGCAGGGGAUGGGCCUAUUAAUGACUGCAUAUAAUUAAUGGUGCAAACGGUUGCAGGGGUAGGGGGCUGAAUUAUGAAUUCUUUUCUAAUUCAUUUAUCGUCAGGCAUUCCAAAGCGACUCACAAUGCAACAGAUUUUGCCUGGGAGAGUCACAUGUGUAAAACCCAUUGAAAUAUUUGCAUAUGUAAAAGAUAAAGAAGAGUUUGGAUUUGAUAUCCCGCUUUAUCACUACCCGAAGGAGUCUCAAAGCAGCUAACAUUCUCCUUUCCCUUCCUCCCCCACAACAAACACUCUGUGAGGUGAGUGGGGCUGAGAGACUUCACAGAAGUGUGACUGGCCCAAGGUCACCCAGCAGCUGCAUGUGGAGGAGCGGAAACGCGAACCCGGUUCACCAGAUUACGAGUCUGCCGCUCUUAACCACUACACCACACUGACCCCUGGACAGUUAAGUCUAGACAAAGGUGACUAUGGGGUUGCUUUCAGGCCGAGGGAGCUGGCAUUGUCCGCCGACAGCUAUCCGGGUCAUAUGGCGGAAGCCAGAAUGCAAGGAAACGCUGUGUACCUUCUCACCACAGCAGUACCUGUUUAUCUACUUGCACUGGUGUGCUUUAGAACUGCUAGGUUGGCAGGAGCUGGGCCUUUGGGGGUGAAGUCCAACUGUGGGCAGCUUGCAACACCUGCUGUCACUUCAUCAUGUCAUGGGCAAAUGCUCAAUGCCGGCAGAGGGAGGAGCAGCUCCAGAUGAACUCUGCUUUCAGCCUCCUGUACUGCCAGCUUUCUACAGAUUUCUGAAAGAUGGGCCAAUUACGGGGGCACAGAGAUUCCUCUCUCCACAGGGAAAUGACUCUCCUGAAAUCACUGGCGAUGCCCACAUUUCCCUGUGCCACCUUCCCUCCCCAUGUUGGUUGUUCCCCUCAGCACCUCCAUUAUUCCAGCUGCCACCAGGGAUUUGAUCCACUUUGCUGUUAAUGUAGCCAUGAAUGAGAAGGAAAGGUAAAACAAUGAAUUUAUAACAGGGAGCUGGACUAGAUGACCCUUGGAGUCCCUUUCAACUCCACAUUUCUAGGAUUCCAGAGCCAAUCCUGCUUCCUAAACCCCACUGUCGUGCUCCAUGUGACGCCGCAACAGCACUUUUCACCCUGGCCUUGUUGGGCCGGUCCUCACUUAAAUAGAGUGCGACCACCUCAUAGUAUACCAGUAACACGAAUUUCUACAAAUUACCCUAGAUUAUCUAGUGGGGGAUUUGUGUGAGGGAAAACUUAAUGAUUUGGAGUCUCAGCAUUUGCUCAAACAAACAAUAAAGGUUUUAUUAAACAAAGGAAGUUUAUGACACAAAGUGGGUAAAACAAAGGUUACUUCAGGUUAUGAUGUUAUUUCAGGUAACCGUUCACCUAAUAAUAUUUAUACUAAAUCUAACUGAUGUUAUGGACUUCUAAUCAAGCACAGCUUCUUAUAAACUUCAGUUGCUUAUGUUCGGUUACUUCACUUCAGGUAGAUGUCACAGGUUUUUAGACUGAAUGGUAAAUGCUCAGCUUAUUUCCAGGUAUUUCACUUCAGUUCUUUCUCAGUUGUUGCACAGCUGUUGCCGCUUAGUACUUUGGUUCUUUUCUUUUUUUUAAGCACAACUAUCCAGCUUUAUUGAAUUAAAAUACAAAUAUAUAUACAUACAUAGAAGUAAGAAAAAGGGUGAGGGCGAACAAAGGAAAAGAAAAGAUAAAAAAGAGUUUGCAUUGUUAUACAAUCAGAUAUUAAAUUUUGAAUAAAAAGACUUCCAAUUCUUCUCAUUGUAUUAAUGUUGUUAUUUACACUUUAACGCACCAUCGUCUAUUAUCUUGAUUUAUCUUUAUACACUACAGUAGGUAAACAUUUACGCAUUGCACUUUACAAGAAUCAAUUUAGUUCUGCUAGGAGAUUUUUAUUUGAACAAUAAGUUUUUAUAUAAUGUUUGAAUAUACUCCAUUCUUUAUAUACUUUCUGAUUUGAAAGCCCUCUUACUCUCCCCGUCAUCUUAGCCAGCUGGAGGUAUUCUAUCCUAAGCGUCUGCCAUUCUGUUAUAGUGGGUGCUGUUUCAUUUUUCCAGUUCCUUGCCACUAAUAUUCUGGCUGCCAUUAUCCCAUACAUGAACAGUGGUCUUAUAUCUUUUUUAAUUUCCAUUGACAUUAUUCCUAAGAGGAAGGCUUUUGGUGUGUGUUUUUAAUCUAAAUUUCAAUAAUUAUUUAAAUUCAUUAUAUAGUUUAUCCCAAAAUUCACAGAGGACUAUACAGUUCCACCACAUGUGCAGAUAAUAAUCCCGUAUCUUUUUUACAUCUCCAGCAGGUUGGCGAUCUACCUUUGUACAUUUUAGCAAGUUUUGCUGGAGUGUGGUGCCAGCUAUAUAGCAUUUUCAUAAGGAUUUCCCUGAGAUUAUAGCACGCUGUGAAUCUGAUAUCCUCCUUCUAUCUUUCCCAUUGUUCCAUUUAGAUAUUAUAUCCAAGGUCUUGUGCCCAUCUCACCGUUGCAGCUUUAACUUGCUCUUCUUUCACUUCCCAUUCUUUAUUAUGAGUUAGCUCUUUUUCAAAUUUAGAUGUUUCUUUUGCCAGGCCUUCUCUCUUGUCUAAAUCCAACCUUUGGUUUAUUUGGACUUAAGUACUUGGGUUCUUAAACAAGGUGGUACUUCCUGUGAGUUACACACCCCUUUGACAACCCUUUUCCUGAGGUACUCCAAGCAACAGACCCAAGGCAUCUCCACACCCCUCUUAACUAGUUUGGGACACUUCUCUUUUUCUAGAAGAAUCUCCCCUCCUGACUGGAAUGAGACCUAAGUAGACUGUAUCUUUCCAGCUUCUACUUCUCCUGGCUCAGCCUCAGCCUCCCAGUUAAUUCCUGGCCUGUUACUCUUACAGCACACGAAACACUGUCCUUCAUCCUAAGCUCAGAGACUUCUUUCUCUAGCUUGUGAUAUAUUCCUCAGAGUCGAUGUUUCUACCCAAAACCAACUCUCUCC